GGCGCCUAAAUUCAAACACCGGAUGCUAAAAAUACUUUCUACGCAUAAGCAAACUUCUUGGCACGCCUUGCUCAUGAAACUGUCAUGAACCAUUUUACGUUUGGUUUGAUGACGAAGUCAAAAAAGUGUGAAUCUAAUUAAGAUAGUAUAGAUUAUAAAGGAACACAAGGCAAGUGUUUGGAAAUUAUUUAAUUGUAACAUUAAGAUAAAAAAUGAAUUUUACCCCGUUUGGCGUGCCUUUAACGGCCGCGCUACCUGUGGCUACUCAAUUUACCGCCGGAAAGAUAACUCAAAACGUCACUACUCCUAACGGACAAGUAGUCGGUGUCUUACAGGGUGGUGAAAACGGUGUACACUACAUACGUCCAUUAGAUACGAAUGCCUUUGCUACUGCAGCCUCUCAACAAAACCAGGGAACACAAAUCAUAACGCUGCCUAUAACAAUGCCAGGUGCUAAACCUGGGGACCCCCAACAAACUGUGCAGAUACAAGUAGUGAAUCCUCAACCGACGCCCGUAUCCCAAGCAAGUCCUGUUAGUUCACCCAAGUAUCAGAUUUCUCAAAUACCGAUGUUUAGUCAAGGUGCUACUGUUCUAACCGUUGCCUAUAAUUCCAACCAGGAAGGAAUUCAAAUUUUGGAUGGCCAAAACGGUGUACCAGAGGGCAUGACAGUAGUUGCAGCGCUCCAACCUCAGGACAUACAAUUAAUUCAAACUCAUGCAACUGAACUAGACAAAAACGAUAAGGAGCAACAACCUUCAGUGGCGUUGAUCAAAAGCGAGCUUAAAGACACUGAAGAAACGACAGCUUCUAUUUCAGUUCCCACUCAAUAUUUACAAACGACAAAUCUGCACGAGUACAUUCAAAAAAUGCAAAAUACAACGUUACCUCUCAGUCUACAACAGUUUUUAAAGUUCAACACUACAGAUAUUAAGAGGGAGAUAAUCUCGGAAGAUGGUUUGAUUGAAGCAGUGAGUAUCGCUGCUCCUGACGCUAAUGGCCAUCUGAUCAUGCAAGAUGUAGGAGAGAUGGAGACUGAGGAGAACCCGGAUGAUUCCAACGACAAAGGAAAAAAGAAAAAAAAAUAUAAAAAGAAACCUCCGAAGCCAAAAAAGCCUAAACCAGGUCAAGUACACAUUGCUACAGCUCUCGAUGGUACUACUCUCUUCUGCUGUCCAGAAUGUCACAUGGCGUAUCCACAAAAAGAGCUCCUCGAACAACACUUGGUGGGCCACAAAAUCGAGCGACGUUUCAUCUGUGACAUUUGUGGAGCUGGUCUAAAACGCAAGGAGCACUUGGAACGGCACAAGUUGGGUCACAAUCCGGAACGACCUUUCGUCUGUUCAGUCUGUAUGAAAGGGUUCAAGAGGAAAGAACAUCUCAACUUGCAUUUUGUUAUUCAUUCGGGAGAGAAGACGGAAAUAUGUGGAGAAUGUGGCAAAGGAUUCUAUAGAAAGGAUCACUUGAGGAAACAUGCUAGGUCUCACAUCACUAGAAGAAUAAAAGAACAAGCGGAACAAGCAGAGAGAACGCAGGGAUUACUCAAAGAUUCAAUUACGUCAAGUACAAGUACUGCCCAAGUUACCAUUAGUGUCGGUGGAGUUCCAAAUUCCCAAAUUCAAAUACCUGUUCAUAUUCAAGUACCACAACACCUUCAAGUAUCCACUUCGAAUGAAGAAGAUAAUGAAAAUGUAGUCAGUACUGUCGUGUUACCAUCAGCAGCUGAUGGCCUCUCAAUAUUACCUAAUUAAAGUAGAAAAUAACACCAUUAAAUGCUCUUUUUAAUGCUAAAGAAAGUACAUUUUCAAACGAUUUUUAAAUUUUUAUAUAUAAAUCCUAAUAUAUCAACAGGAAGUUAGGUUGGAUCGGGUUGGGUAAACCACAUAUCGCUGUAUGUUAGUUACGUCACCAAAAAUGUUCUUCAAAUAUAUAGAUUUUGUUAUUUAAUUUUCUUUCAUACGGGAAAUUUCAAAAUUUAAGACCUGGUGGUAUGAAAUCUCCUUAACUGUAAAAAAUAGGCAAGACGGUGUAGUCACAUCUUAGCGAUUCUUAUAAAUCCCUCGUUAUACUAAGUUUUACACGAACAAAAAUCAAAACAUUUUUUCCACUUUAACUUUUGUGUCUAUACCCAGGUACCUGGAUAUUCUUAGCAAUUGUUUUAUGUAAAUCAUUACGAUAGUAUAAAUAUUUUUAUUUUAUCUUCUAGUUAUUCCCAAAAUUACUUAGCACUAAGGGAUUUAUAAUAAAAACCAAAAAAAACAAAUGCAUAUAUUAUAUUAAAAAUACCUGUCAAAGUUUUGACGUCCACACCCGUGGCACCCGG